GACUUUUAAGGAAUUUGGCUUGGUUGUUAUUGGAAGAUCCGUGUUAACAAUGGUUUUGGUUAAAAAUUAUAGUAAGAAAACCAUUAUUAUGAAAACAAUCAUCCAAAAGCAAAAACCUCCUUACACUGCUCAAGAAGUAGCCCUUUUUUUGCUUAGUCUCGACCCAGAAAAAAAAUAUUUUACUAAUCGUAGACUCAAUGGUUUUUUCAGUGCUAAAUUAUCCAUGGGUAACUUUCGCUUAAAUGCUCAUUUGCAAGUUGCCCAAAUGCUCCAUUAUGCUCACUAUGAACAACCACUAUUCAAGGAUAAAAUUAAAGCUUAUGAACAUGGCGGGUAUGUCGAAAGUAUCGCCCAAGAAUUUUCUUCUUUACGUGUCACUACAAAAAUUAAACUCGACUGA